UCGGAGCGCCCCCGGGGCGCCACGGCUUCUCGGCGGGCCGCUGUCGGCAGGCUGCUUCUGAUCGCCGGCCCUGCAUCGCUGGACGCCGUGCUCCGCGAGAGAAGCCCGCCUGCGUCGGGGCACAGCAGCGGCGGCGCCGCGCCGGAUUCCGCCCUCUGCCUGGCCCGGGUGGCCCCACAGCCGGCAGCGAGGAGCCCGGGGAUCGCGAAGCCAGAGCGACAGCGCCCAGUACCGGCGGGUGCAGGCCAGUCCCGCGCGGCUCGGGGACUAGGGGGAGGCGACAGGCAAAGGGCCGCACCACGGGAGCCGGUCCUCGCCCCCGCCCCCUGCACGGACGCGCCGAAGGCUCGGCUCGGCUUCCGCCGGGGCCCCGUUCCUACUCUCGCGGCGGGAGGUGGGGGAUGCGGGCGACGGCCCCCCGGGCUCCAGGACCCUCCCCCCCAGGGCUCCGGAGCUGUUGCUCCCCCGUCCUCUCCACCCCCCAUCCCACCUCCCCACCCCUUGGCACCCGAAGCUUCUCCGCGCCGCGACCCCCGCCAAGCAGCCCGAGCCGCCGCCUCGUCCGGAAGACAGACGCGGAGCUCCGCUUAGGCAGCAUCUGCGAGCCGGGAGGCGCCGCCCGCAAGGACACCUCUCCGUCCCGCCUCGUCCGCAACUCCGGUCCCCGUCUAGCUCGACGCGAGCCAGGAGUCCGGACGUGCCUGCGCCGCGCAGCAGCCGGAGCCGACCCGCUGCCCUAG